CCUUUUCCCACAAAAAGAAAAAACGCCUCUCUCUCUCUCUCUCUGCAACAAACGCGCAUAGGAGAGAAAAGCCUCCCAGAACCGAAAAGCCACAAAAACAGUUGCUUGCACGAUCUCUGAAGCGAAAAUCCACGCAAACAUUAAUAAAAAAAAUUAAAAAAGCAGUGAAGAGAAUAUAAUCCGUUCCCGUUUCUUUGCUUUCCGGUCAAGCAGAGUCUGCAGAGAGCUCUAGCAAAACGAGAAAAGGGUCAUCUAUUCUAAAGUUCUGUUUUUGUAAUCUCAUCCCAAAGGAUGGCCCGGAAGAGUAGCAGUUUGCUUGUGACCGAAGACAUAGCUAAGCCCGAAGGAGGUAAUUCAAGAAGAAACUCUAUGGGAAAAGUAAGUUCUUCAAACAGCAGAGAUAAGAUUCCGCCCCACUAUCUUCGAGCUUCUACUGGCUCCUGUCAUGAUUUCUGUAAAUUUGGGAGAGAACAUGCUUUCGAAGCCAAAGCAAGACGCCCCUUUCCAAAAAGGAUGCCAAACAAGCCACCUGAAAGCCAACAAUCAGUAGAGAGUGAGAUUCAGCCAGAGAGGAAGAAGACAUCAAUGGUAUUGCGCCAAUCUUCACCCAAUCCCAAUUCUAAAAACAGCAUAUCUGAUCCACCUGAAAGCCAACAACCAGUAGAGAGUCAGAUUCAGCCAGAGAGGAAAAAGACAUCAAUGGUAUUGCGCCAAUCUUCACCCGGUCCCAAUCCUAAAAACAGCCUAUCUGAUCCCCCAAUCAUCAUCAAGAAAGAAGUGUCAGCAAAAUCAGUCGACAGUAAAACUCUAAUUGAAAGUGAAUUUCGUUCAGAAAAUAAGAAGACAUCAGCUGUGAAGCCCAGAUAUUCACUUGAUUCAAAAACCACUUUAUCUCCUAAUUUCAAAAGGCAGGAAGAGCUGUCACCUUCUAUGAAUACAGACGCUUCUUCAAAACAAGCUUCCUUGAAAGCUAAAGAGGAAAGCUGGUCUUCGAGACAUGCAUCAAAGCCAAAACCGUCUUUUUCCAAGUCUUCCAGAGGAGGUUUAAAUGGUGGAAUAAACAAUGAAGUCCGGAUGGGAGAAAGUGGAGGGACCGCCAAAAUGGAUUUAAAGAAAGUGCCGGCAUCCCCGAGACCCCUGGUGAACGCUAAACCAUCGGUCAAAGCAAAAGCGUCCCCGAAACCUCUGGUGAAGGCUAAACCAUCUAUCAAAGCACUGGCAUCCCCGAGACCUCUGGUGCACCCAAAACCAUCUGUGAAAGUACUGGGAUCCCCGAGACCUCUGGUGCACACUAAACCAUCUGUCAAAGUACUGGGAUCCCCGAGACCUCUUGUACUCCCUAAACCAUCUGUCAGAGUUCUAGGAUCCCCGAGAGGUUCGUCGUUUGCUAGACCGUCUCUCAGUAAAGUUGCCAGCUUGAAUUCACAAAAGAAUAGGACCUUAAAGGCUAUUUCUCCUCUGAAGAAUGAGAAGAAGACUAGAAAGACUGAACCUGAGGAACUGAACAAUAAACUUGAUCAAAUAAAGGACGAGGUGGUCCAGGAGAAAACUUUGUAUGUCAUCGGGGUGGAAACUGAGAGCGAACCUCUUGAAUCUGUUCAAGAUGAAAGUCAUGCUUUUGAACCAUCACCACCUACGCUAUCGUCUUCAUCAAAGUCUCCAUCCAUCCCAGAAUCUCCUUCUUCCUUGUCCAAUAGUGAAGAGUUGGAAGAGGAAUCUGAGUAUACAGUGACUGAAGCGGAUGAUGUUUCUCUCUCUGACUCGAGUGAACCUGUCGACAUGAAAGAAUAUGAGACUGUUGAACCAGAAUACAAAGAGAUGCAGCAAAAAGGCGGGAUGGUUUCUUCUGAGGUGAAUCACCAGCCAGUGACAUUGCAUUUCAGGAGAGGAAAGGUGGUUGAGUUUCACUCUGAGAACAAUGGUCCAAGGAGGCUCAAAUUUAGGCGAGGAAGAGUUCUGGGUGACAACCAAAAUAUGAAGGCUGAUGGCCGCAGAAGCUUCAAGAAGAGAGGAGUUGAUGGGGAUAAAAAUGAUGGCAAACCUGAUUCAGAACAGGUUGUUUUAAGACACCAAGAUGUACAAGGGAAGAAAGAUGCACAGGGUCUGUUCAAUAAUGUCAUUGAAGAAACAGCAAAUAAACUUGUUGAGACUCGGAAAAGUAAGGUUAAGGCUUUGGUGGGUGCUUUUGAAACAGUAAUCUCUCUCCAAGACAGAAAACCUUCUGCAGCCCCUGUCAGUUGAAUGGAAGAAAACUUCUUGUGUUGGCAAUUCGGUUUCAUAAAAUGCAAGGUGGGGGAAUAAUCCUAAACUUAUGGAGUUGCAACUUGCAAAAGCAAAUAACUUCAGUUUUCUUUUGGAAGACUGGAUGUAUAUUUGAAUGGGGGAAUAAUCCUUUGUGUGCUGAUCUUGAGCUCCUUAAUACAUUUUCUGGGGAGUUUGCUUCUUCUUCCUUUGUUUUUGGUUUUCAUACCUAAUCAAAACGAUUUCUAUUUUGUGAAUAAAACCAAUUAUACUGAUGAGGGCGGGAAAAAGAAACUUUAAUAACAGUGAAUUUUAUGUUUUUGGGAUGUUGUGAAUGGCUUUUUAGUUGUAUAUUUUUCUUUCUGCUAGAUGUGCUCUUUUCUUUCCUCACAUGUAACACUGAUCUGGUUUGUAUUGGUUUGAAUAUAGUCCUUGUCCUUGUUUUUCAGAUA